GUAUAUACCAGGGAGGCAAUUUGUGUGUGUGACCAACAACUUUGGAACGAACAGGGGAGCAAGGUCAACGACUUUUUCAAAAGGACCAACAAGCUCCACAAAGAAAUGGAGUGUCAGAAAGACCUGAGAAAUCGAACGGUCCAAUAUAAGAUAGCUCGUCACAUGGGUCUAUGUCCAGUAUCUCGUUCUACCUUGCCUUCUGUCUCAACAUGAUGGUGGUCUUUCUCUACCCCUUCAACAAGGGCUCCAAUUACAUCAACUCUAUGGAUUUGAAGACGUUCAUGUUGCUAUGGAUGGUGUUGAUUGCUUCUAUACUACUACUAAUCUAUGGAGACAGGAAACACAUCAAGCGCUACUCUGUGUCUUUAGCGGCACUGGCUGUUAUCAGGAGUCUGGUUACCUUGGGGAUGCAGCCGACACUAUUCCUGCUCGGAUUCUUACAGCUUGUCAACAAAGGCGUGUUCAUAGUGAGUCUAUUAUCAAAUCGUGGCAUCCUUCGUAAGCUGUGGACUGUUAGACCACGACGGGCCACAAAACAUUAUUUUCAGUUUAUUCGUGAGCUGAGCUCUGACCUCUUCUUCAGUCCCCACCUCCCUUAUCAUUGGAUGCAGUUCACAUUCUGUUUCCUGGGGUUCAGUAUACACGAGUUCUUCUACUGGGUACUGCUGAUUGACAUAGUCUAUCGCUACGACACGCUGAUGAACGUGAUCAACAGUGUUCUCAGGAACUACCAGUCCAUUCUCCUCACUACCAUACUCGCCAUUAUCAUCAUCUAUCUCUACGCCAUCAUCGGAUACUUGUUCUUCGCAGAUGAUUUUAGACUGGUCACUAACCCCCUCCCAAUGAUUGCCGGGGAGUGUCAAGCUGAUGGUGUAGGUUGCAGCGAUUCCCCUGCAGAGUGGCCGGUAGUGAUGGAGAAGAGCUGUGAUACUCUAUUCAACUGUUUCAUGACCACCAUUAAAGAGGGCCUGAGGGCAGGGGGAGGGAUCAGUGAUGUCCUCAGGAAACCAUCUAGUCAGGACCGUCUGUAUCACCUGCGGACAGCCUUUGACCUCACCUUCUUUUUCAUCGUCAUAGUGAUUAUCAUCCAGAACCUCAUCUUUGGCGUCAUCAUCGACACCUUUGCUGCCCUCAGGGCUGAGAAGGACCACAAGGAAGAGGUGCUCAAGAACACAUGCUUCAUCUGUGGUCUCCCGCGAGGUGCCUUUGAGAACAAAGACGUGACGUUCCACAAACACAUUAUUCAGGAGCACAACGUUUGGCACUACCUCUACUUUAUAGUGCACCUCAAGACUAAAGACACCACUGAGUUCACUGGACCAGAGAGCUACGUAUUCAAGAUGAUACAGCCUUCAUUCAACAUCAUCAAUGCUGAAUAUGCUGAUGGGAGUGAUGCUAGGCCAGGCUCCUCUUCACAAGGAAAAGCUCCGGACUUGGAAUGGUUUCCACGAUUGCGAUGUAUGUCGCUACUAAAUCCUGAAGAGGUUGAACAGGAGCAGUACGAAAUGAGAGACCUUCAACUGCAGUUACUCGAGACCAACAUGCUCGUCAAGAGCCUGUCAGUCCAGCUCAACGACCUUAAAGAGCGGAUGAUAGCUCAGCGAAAGAUGCAACAACACAGAACGCUGCAAGACCGGUUACCAGGCAACGCUCCACAACACGUUCGAAUGUCAUCUUAUCCAAUGGGACCCUAGUGAUCAUUCUUCUUAUUUGUCCAAUUUGAUUUUGAUUUCGUAUAAUUAUUGUGAUGAACUUGGUAGAUUAACAACUGCUUUGUUUCAUUACAUUUUCUCCACUAGGAAUUCAUAUUAUUAUUCAUUAGUGUAUUUUUACUAUGUCUUGUACAAUCUAUUGUAACAAUGUUGUCUAUCAAUUACUGUCAUUUAAUUUAAUUUGUUGCAUCUCUGAAAAUCAAUGCAGUGCGGUGUCAAUUGCAUAUUGCACUGUGGUCA